GAAAAUCAUAACAAAUCAUAAAAUUCUUCAUUUAUUUUCUAGAAAUAUCUCCAGCUAUUAAAAUGCGCGCCAUCGCUUUCUUAGCCUUCAUCGGCAUGGCUUUUGCCAUGACCCCAAUUGUACGUGACCAACGUGCUUUUGAAGAAACCAUCAUUAAUUUCUUGGAAUGCUUACGUGGAGAAAUGAAAACAGGUUGGCCAGAUUUCGGUAUCCCCUCUUUGGACCCAUUGGAAUCUGCUGAAAAAACUCUUGAAUUAGGCAAUUUGGGUAUUGAAGGUAUCAGCGGAACUUUGACCGUCAAAAACUUAGUCUUCGCUGGAUUAGCUGACUUCGUUUAUGAAAACCUCGAAGGUAGCAUUCAACUCCUUCCUCCAGGUCUCACUGUUAACUUAGAUCUCAUCUUCCCCAACCCAACCUUAACCACCGAAUACAGCGGUAAUGUUCAAUUGGCUGAAAUCGGUAUCGAUACCUUCGGAACUGGCACCUUAGAUUUCGACGCCAACAACUUCAAAGCCAACAUUGGUUUACAAGCUACUUUAUUGGGUCGUAUUGGUUUGAAAUACCUCGAUGUUUACGUUUCCAUGGAGCCAUUAACUAGCGUAAGUCUUUGAU